CUCCUGGUUGUCAUAGUGAGGCGGUGUUUAUUGAGAUUCUUGAAAGCCCAACCGCUGGAAGCCAGAGGCCGGCGCCAUGCAGUACACCGGGAGCAAAUAUAUUGGGGAAUACGUACAUGGGAGGAUGGAGGGCAACGAUGUGGAAUACAUCCUCCCUACCGAAACAAGAUAUGUUGGGGAAAUGAAGGACGGCAUGUUUCACGGCCAAGGAACCCUGUACUUCCCCAGCGGGAGCCGAUAUGAAGCCAUUUGGGAAAAGGGAUUGGUCGUUAAGAAAGCCGCCUCUUCCCUGAUGUACGUCCAUCCUUGGCAGAGGACAGACUUCCUCAGACACCCCCGUGUGCUCCUUGGCUUCCAGGGCACGUACACCUUCUCGGAUGGGCUGCAGUACGAAGGAAAGAACUGGCAUUACUGCGACACCUACGAUCGAAGGUUUUACACCGAGAUGUGCCAUGGCUUGAAGCCUACAGGUAUCGCUCAACUCACCAAUGACGACCCGCCUAGAAAAAUCCCUGAAGGCUGUUACGACUGUGGAGACGGCUUCUAUAACCCGACCACGAGGAUCGUCAAGGACUAUAAGAAUCGCUUUCUGAGAAAUGCAGAUGACGAUGAGCAUGAAUGGAUCAUCCGGACGUGCCGGAAGGGCUGGGACGAGAUCGUGGGUCACAGGCCCAAGCUGUGAGUGCUGCAGCUGCCCCUGCCAGCUUUCCUUCUGCUCCACUGGCAUUGGCUGGCCCAGGGGGCAGGCUGUAGUUCCAAAAUAUAACUUUUGACUUGGGA